AGCAAACUCAACUGCAAAAAAAAAAAAAAAAAAACCGCUCAUGUGGAUGCAAGCCAAGUAAUUUCUGCAAGAGGGAAAGUUUACAAUUUUUCUAAAUCCAGAAAAAUAAACACAUAGAGGUUUAGAUACUGCGUUUAUAGCCAAAGUUACUAAUGUGAAAUAUAUUCCACCCUCGCCUUUUCACGUAGACAAAGAAUGUUGGUGUCUAACGUGAGCAUCAGCUGUACUCAGGACAAAAGCGUUUGGUGCCUGACAGACUCGAAUGGGCAUCGCGAGGAAAAAUUGGAUCAUAACCUCACGCCAACCGGACACCUCGUAGUAGCCAUUUGCUUAGGUUUUAUCGGGACGCUCGGUCUUUUCAACAACUCCCUGGUGCUCGUGCUCUUCUGUCGCUACAAAGUCUUGCGGUCACCCAUCAACCUGCUGCUGAUGAAUAUUUCAGUCAGCGAUCUGCUCGUCUGUGUGGUCGGCACGCCCUUUAGUUUUGCGGCCAGCACCCAGAGACGCUGGUUAAUCGGGAAGACGGGAUGCAUCUGGUACGGCUUCAUCAAUUCAUUUUUAGGUACGGUAUCCCUUAUUUCCCUUGCUGUUCUUUCUUAUGAACGCUAUUGUACGAUGAUGGGCUCAACAGAAGCUGAUGAAACAAACUACAGAAAAAUUGGUUUUGGUAUUUUGGUGUCCUGGAGCUAUUCCCUUUUUUGGACUUUGCCCCCACUAUUUGGAUGGAGCAGCUAUGGGCCUGAAGGACCAGGGACUACAUGCUCAGUUAACUGGCAUGCAGACAAUGCCAACAACAUCUCCUACAUCAUAUGUCUCUUCAUUUUCUGUCUUGUGCUGCCAUUUUUGGUUAUAGUCUACAGCUAUGGAAGAUUGCUGUAUGCAAUCAAGCAGGUGAGGCGUAUAAACACUGGAGUGGCCCAUACCAGAGAACAGAGGGUCCUCUUAAUGGUCAUGGCAAUGGUUAUCUGCUUCUUAAUGUGCUGGCUUCCUUAUGGGACUGUUGCUCUCAUAGCCACCUUUGGAAGUCCGGGUCUCAUCACACCAGAGGCCAGCAUCAUUCCAUCACUUCUUGCUAAAAGCAGCACAGUUGUGAACCCCAUCAUUUACAUAUUUAUGAAUAAACAGUUCUACAGAUGUUUUCGAGCUUUCCUUACAUGCCAAGAUCCUAGUUCUACUCCCAGCACCAAGAACUCAUCCAAAUCCACCAAAGUGUGUCGAAGAAUCCAGGAGAACAAUUUUAGUCAUUUAGUGGCUUCCGUAGGGCAUGCGUCCACAGUGCCCAAGAAGAGGACUGUGCAGCUUGCAGAAGGGGCAUCAGCCAGCUGUGCCACAAAACAGGUGCUAUCACUUGUUGUGCAUUACCGUGAAUGAACCACCUGUAUUUCAAUAUUGACUUGGUCUAUUUUGGGAGCAAUACCAGAAGAAGAAGAAAUCUGGAAUGAAAAUAGAGAUAAGAUUUGAAAAAACUGCAAGAUGAAGGACCUUACAAGCUUCAGUUCUUUGUUUCCUUGAUCAGGACCCCAACGUUUCAAAACAUUGUGUUUUAAAGGUGAAGUGCAACAUGUUAUAAAUGAGCAGAGACUCGCCCAAACUUAAUAGCCUGUCAGUUCUGUUCUUAUGUGUGUAUGUUUGUCUGAGCCUGUAAUUAACUAAUAAGUGAAAAGCCUCCAGUGAAGCUGGAAGUGGGUCUGCUCUUUGUGCUGGAUUAUCCUUGUGUGUCACAGUUCUUGGUUCAGUGUAUAUUCUGUUGGUGGAUUUUCUCUCAACUCUAUGUGUUGACAGUAAAAAUAGUGUAUUCGUUAAAAAGUAUGUGGUGUGUUCAUGCAGUACUAUGCUGUGGAAAUUCUUUUAAUUCAAUGUGUAUAGAUUGUAUUUUCUAAAGAGUUUAGCAAGUUUGAUGUUAUAGCAGAGAACAAAGUAGCAAGCAAAUAUCACAAGAAUGAAUCGAUGAAGUUCACUCCCAAUAAUUUGAUUUAUUUGAAAGAAGGCAGAUUUCAGGUUUUAGAAAUUAUUCAACCUCCAGAAACUGGGGGAAAUUAUUUACUUACAAUCUUUGGACAUUGUAAUUUGUAAUUGGUUUAAAAGAAAUGUACAGUAUAUUUUCAGAAAACCAGCACUGUUCAAAUGUAGAAGUCAACCAUCCAUGUACUGACUCCACUAAAUCCAAACAUAAGGAUGUGAAUAGGGACAUAGUCCUGACGGAAAUGGUUUUUUUAAUAAAAAAAAAAAAUCCUGGACUUUUUUAAUUAGCGUACCAUGUCGUUCAUUUUCAGCAUAUGUUAAUGCAUUUUGCUGGCCUGGG